CCGCAGCCAAAACACACACACACGCCCCUUAGCAUUCUGGCUGCUUGUAAAGUCAAGCUCCUGGCUGCUGAAGAGAGAACAGGGAGCUCUGACCUGACUCUGAUGUAGUUGAGGGAAGAAAAGUCGGGUUCUCCUCCCAGGCAGUUGCGCCCUUUCCAAAAUGCCUGCCCAGAUUUCACUUGAACAACUCACCCGGUUACAAAACAACCCACUCCUGUGAACGGACUUCUAUUUCUGAGGUCGGGGGCGCAUAAUGACUUUGCAACAUUCGCCCCGGCGCCCCUCACCCUUGAAAGUGCUGAGUGCUGUUCUCCUCCUCAUUCCCUGGAGUCCGUGUGCCCCCCUGGAACAGGGACCCGAGAGGGUUACAGCGAGCGAACCUGUGCGGCUGCAGGCAACCGUGGCAUUCUUAGAAAAGUACGGCUACCUGGAACCUGGUCCUCCUGAGGAACUGAGUUUAGCUCAGGUCAAAGAGGCAGUCAGGAAGUUCCAAUGGAUCUCUCACCUCCCUGUGAGUGGGGCCCUGGAUGAGCCCACAGUGCAGCAGAUGAUGGAGCCACGAUGUGGGGUCAAGGAUGUUGGAAGCCAAAGGGCCUGGCAGGAACAUGUGGAAAACCUCUUCCUGGGUCGAGCCACCAUGCGAAGCCGGGCCAAACGUUACUUACAACAAGGAGAGAAGUGGUACAAGCACCACUUGACAUACAAGAUCAUAAACUGGCCAAGGUACUUGGAACAAAGCCGGGUGAAGAUGGCGGUGAGAACGGCCUUUGAGCUGUGGAGUAACACAUCGCCGCUGACCUUCUGGGAGGUGAUGGAUGGCCCUGCGGACAUCCGCUUGGCGUUCUACCAGGGGGAGCACAACGACGGAAUUGGCAACGCUUUCGAUGGACCAGGUGGUGCCUUAGCGCACGCCUUCUUCCCCCGAAGAGGAGAAGCUCAUUUUGACAACGACGAGAGGUGGUCUCUCAACCGCGGCAAAGGGAGGAACCUGUUCAUCGUCACGGCCCACGAGAUUGGCCACACCCUGGGCCUCGAGCACUCUCCCGUUAAAAACGCCUUAAUGUCUCCAUUUUACAAAAAGCUGGGCCGGGACUUCCUCCUCAGCUGGGAUGACAAGAUGGCCAUUCAGAAACUGUACGGGGAACCGCUGCGUGAGCCUGUGCUGCAGCUGCCCGGAGAGCUGUUGACCUUCUUCCAGAAUGCAGCCGAGCACGCCAAACCCAGAAUCCCAUCAGAUGACCAUCUGCCUCCCUCCUACUGCCAGACCCACUUUGACACCCUCACUAAGGAUUUAAAACAAAAUAUUUACAUAUUCCGAGGAGCAGAUUACUGGAAAAUCUCAAAAGACGGGAAUAUAAAGGGACCUCUGUCAAUCCAGAAGAGCUGGCCUGAGCUGCCCUCAGCUAUUGAGGCAGCUGCUGUGUCGGAUAAGGAGGGGAAAUUCUACUUCUUCAGAGGGGGCCGCUGCUGGAGGUAUGCUGGAGACCAGCUGGACCGGGGCUUCCCAAUGAAGGUCAAGACCAUGGGUCUCCCUCGCCACCCCGAUGCAGCCUUCUACUUCCAACCGCUGAGUCACGUGGUGAUCUUCAAAGGGUCAAAGUACUUCGUCCUAAAUGAAGAGCUAAUGCAGGUGGAGCAGUAUUACCCUCGAACCCUCAGCGAUUGGAAAGGCAUCCCCGCUGGCAUCAACGGUGUCUUCACCUGGAAUGAGAAGCGCACCUAUUUCUUCAAGGAUGAGACGUACUGGAAAUUUGACAAUAGCAGGCUGAAGGUGCUGCACCAGGGCAAGUGGGCGAAGGAGCUGCAGUGGACUGGCUGUUACCACAGGAACACAACGGGCACGGGGCACCUGCAAACGUGACCCGAGCCAAGCUUGGCAAUCAACCCGGGCUCCUUUGCAGAGGUGUGACAUUUCCUGCUCUUGUGAAAAUUGGUAUUCGGAGCUCCAGCACAUCCUGUCAGGAGAAAGUAACACAGUGAGAGGCUAUCAAGGAAACCCAAACACAGUCCAGGAGACCACAUACCUCUGUCAUGUAGACAAGGGUAUAAAAUAACUCAAGGCACAGGAUAUCUGAUUUCCCUCAUGCAGGAAAAGGGAAGGGCAUUCCAAAAAUCCAGCAUGGAAUAUCCAUUACCAUGUACACAUUGGCAGAGUAUACAGUAUCCCAAUCCCAACAUGACAAAUGGAAAGCUCACAGAAAGGGGAACUGUUCCACAGUGUGUUAACUCCACAUUAUCACAAUUAUACAGCUCUUCCUUCAGGCUAUUCCCUACCUUUGGUUGGUGCUUUGUAACUACAAAUCGAUUUUUUUUCUGAUCAAGAGCCUCCGUCUCACUGAAGAGGGAUCAGGGCAAUUCGCCCCCAGCAACCUGCUGUGAAAACUCUGCUCACAAUUUGUCAGUUCUAACAAAGUCCACAGCUGCGGCCCAGCCAACCCACAGCAUUCUAAAGGAUGGUCAAUGUGCUCUACCUCCCAUUGUUAAUGGAUCCAUAGGAGCAUAGAGUCAUACAGUAUGGAAACUGGCCCUUUGGCCUAAUCUGUCCGUGCUGACCAGGUUUCCAAAAUAAAACUAGUCCCAUUUGCUUUAAACUAUUCCAGAGCUCAGAACUGCAACUUUGCUAAAGCCUGUUCGGUCCUUCCCUGGCUCCUAUCCUGCUUUUUUGUUGCAAAGUGUCCAUUAUUUGGGAGAUGACUUGUCUGAGCUCCCCCGAUGGGAUAAUGCAGCAGUGUAGCCUGGAGUAGUGUGCUGGAACUAUGCCGAAGUGCCAAUGCAGUUGGCUGGGUGGGAAUUAUUUCUGAAGUUAAACCUUCUCAUGGGCCAGAGUCCAGAACCCUCUGAAAAGGUCUCCAACUCUUGAGUUCGAGUCCCAGGCCUCAGACGGCUUUGAUGUUCUCAGCUUAAUUCUGACUUAGGGAAAGAUUCCUGGUUAACUCUCAAGCUGACCUAACCAUAGCUCACCACAUACAACACCCCCAACCUGCAUUUGACUGCUAUCCCACCUCAAUCCAACCUCUCACUCCCUGUAUCUGGCCUCUGAUGACCUGAUCCUUCACUCUCUCUCUCUCUGUCACCUCACCCUAUACAUCAGGAGGAAGGUAUAGAGUACCCUACACACAAAUAUGGAAGUAUAAAGUAACCUACACACAAGGAUGAGGAUAUACAGUACCGUAGACAUAAGGAUGAUAGUAUAAAGUUCCCUAUACAUUAGGAUGAGGGUAUAAGUACCCGAUACACAAAGAUGAAAGUAUAGAGUACUCUAUACACAAAUAUGGAAGUCUAAAGUAACCUAUACACAAAGAUAAGGAUAGACAGUACUCUACACAUAAGGAUGAUAGUAUAAAGUUCCGUACACAUUAGUAUGAGGGGAUAGAGUACCCUACAGUCAAAGAUAAGGGUGUAGAGUAUUCUAUACACAAGGACAAGUAUAUAGAAUAUCCUAUAUACAGGAUGAGGAUAUGGAGUACCCUAUACAUCGGGUGAGAUUACAGAUUACCCUAAACACAAAGAGCACACUACAGACAGGAUACAGUGUAUUGUCAUGUUGGGGUGGAAGGCACCUGAUGUGUCAAGCCUCUGUGCAAAUAUUAAUGUGUCAUUGGCCAAAUUGUAAAGCCACCUGUUCAUAUAGUCUUUCAAUUCUUCAAAACCAUUUUGUUUUUGCAGUGACAGAGGGAAAGGGCAGAAAAUGCAAGCUGAAGUUUGUUUGGUUUUAUUGGUAAUUGUUUAAAAUAAUUUUUCCUCACAUCCUAUUAUCAGUUUUCUAUACUGAUAUCUGAUCCGUAUUUAUUGUUUAAUGUCAGAACUUGCCGACAGUGCUCCAUCUAAGCACAACACCGCUGAAUCAUUCCUCACUCUGAACUUUACUCCCUCUGUGUUGCUGGAGAGAGAGGGGAAUGUCAGCUCUGCUUUGACAUAUUUGCCACAGUUUCAUCACAUGACCUGGUGCCUCUGAAUGCCACACCCUCACCCUCCUGCCAUUGGUCGCUGGACACACCCAUCCUCAUGGGGGGGACUGCCUUCCAACAGCCAAUGGGAAAGCAAACAGUUGACUGGAUGAUUCUUCACCAUCAGCAAAAGCUAAAGAGCAGAAGUAAUGGAAAGCAAGGAAAGCAAGAAACUUCUGAGUUUUAAAGCCCUGAUGGUAACCUCUGGGUUUGUUCAAAUCAUUGUCCUGAAAAAGUAUUAUUCAUUCAGGGAAAUUCCAGGGCAACACUAGUCUAGUCCUUUGUCCUUUUUACUCAACCAAAGUUUUGAUGAGUCUGUGUAUUUAUGUUAAUCACUUUGAGCUGUAAUUAAACCAAAGCUGCCUUCUAAGGAUGAAAUUUCU